AUGGAAAAGUCUAGUAUUGGUUUGAAUCAUGAAACAUCAUCGACAUCUGUCUCUAAAACCCAACAUGAACAUGAUGUUGAAUGGUUGGAAAAUGUAGUUUUGCACAAUGAAGAUGAAUCAAGGCAUAAAGGUAAAGUAAAAUGGAGCAAGGAAGCAACUGUACUUCUGAUAAGUGGAUGGCUUAAUAUAUCUAAGGAUGCCAUCGUGGGGAAUGACCAAACUUCUACACAUUUCUGGACUCGGAUCGCAAAAUGCUACAACACCAACCAAAAAGGUGAGCAAACAAUAACUGGAAGGCAAUGUAAAGACCAUUAUAACAAGAUGAAUCAAAAGGUGGCGUGUUUUAAUGGGUGUAGUAAACGAGUACGACAAGCACAUCACAAUGGUUGGUCUGAUGAGAAAAUUAUUGAAAAUGCACAUCAAUUAUACAAAUCUAAAAAUAGCAACUCAAAUUUUAUGCUUGUGGACUGUUGGAGAUUGCUAAAGGAUGAGCCGAAAUUAAAUACAAUGUAUCAGCCAAAAGGUGAUAAGAGAACAAAGGUGUCAGAAUCAAGGGCAUAUACUUCAUCUUCCAAUGUAGACAUCAAUGAUGAUAAAGUAUGUGAAGUGUGCCUUACUGGCCAAAAGGCAGCAAAGAGAAAGGGGAAGGAAAAAAAGACAUACAUACUACAUUUACAGAGAAUAAUGAAUGGAAAGCAUCUACAUUGGAGAAAUUAG